AUGCAGAAAUUUAUGGGGAAGAGCUUCUUAAGUCACAGGACAAAGAGCUCUCAAGUGUUUUGGAGGUCAGAUUUAGAUGCAUUAAAUCUUUCAGUUGAAUACUGGUUUGUUUUUACUUUGAAUUUUGUUUUCAAAGGUUUACUGCUCGAAUUUCCUAUUUUGCUGCAUAACCAGAGGGCUGUGCUGCUGUGGACACUGGUCCCUGCUGAGCGUGAUGCAUUUUUAGCUAAUGAAGCUACGAAGAGGUUCACUUCAAGCAAUAAAUUGCUCUUGGAAAUAGCUACUUCUAGGUCUUCUCAUGAUCUGUUGCUGGUAAAGCAGGCGUAUCAUGUGCAUUACAAGAAAUCCCCUGAAGAAGAUGUUGCAUACCAUACAUCUGGAGACUUGCUCAAGGAGGUUCCUGCUGAGCCUGAUGCAUUUUUAGCUAAUGAAGCUACAAAGAGGUUCACUUCAAGCAAUAAAUUGCUCUUGGAAAUAGCUACUUCUAGGUCUUCUCAUGAUCUGUUGCUGGUAAAGCAGGCGUAUCAUGUGCGUUACAAGAAAUCCCUUGAAGAAGAUGUUGCAUACCAUACAUCUGGAGACUUGCUCAAGCGAUACGAGGGAGAUGAGAUCAGCAUGCCCUUGGCAAAGAAAGAGGCUAAGAUACUUAAUGAGAAAAUCUCAGACAAAGCCUACGAUGAUGUGGAGCUCAUCAGGAUCCUCUCUACCAGGAUUACUGAGGCAAACAAUUACAAGCUUGACUUGCAUAGCAUUAAACAAGAAUAUCAUCGCAGGAUCAGUGUUCCUUUGGACCAGGAAAUUGUCAAAGACACUUCUGGAGACUAUGAGAAGUUUCUUGUAGAACUGGUUGGACAUGGUGAUGCUUGA